AUAAAUAGCACAGCCACAGGAGCAGUGAAAGUAGUCACUGUGACGGACAGCCUGUAACAGACACACAACUAUGCUACGAAGCAUGUGGGCUGCUCCUGCGCUGCUGCUGAUGCUGCUGGCAUCUCUGGAGGGUGCUGUGGCAGAGGACCCCAUGAGUCUAACAGAGCUCAUAGAGCUGGUGAAGGAGCUGAAGGCAGGGCAGAGCAGCUUGAAGGCUGAACUGGACCAGGCCAAGCUGGAGCUGAGGACUGCCGAUACAGAGCACGAGGCAGAGAUCGCCGCGCUGAAGAGGAAGCUGGUUGACAUGGAAAUAUCCAAGGUGGCCUUCUCAGCAGGCCUGACCAACGACGGAGAGAUACUGGCAGGCAGCACCAACCUGAACUUGGUGUUCAGCAAAGAAAUCACCAACGUCGGAGGGGCCUACAACAGCGUGACAGGCUUCUUCACAGCUCCAAUCAAGGGCGUCUACUACUUCAGAUUCAAUGCCAUGGACAGGCCACAUUCAAGCUGGACAAAUGUCCAACUGUUUAAGAAUGGGCAGCUGGUGAUGAGUUUGUCUGAUAAAGUGUAUCAGGGACACAACAACAUCUCUGGUGGUCUGGCUCUGCAGCUGGAGGUGGGAGAUGUAGUCAAUUUGGUGCUUCCAGAAGGGAAGAGGCUCUAUGAUGAUAAAAAUAACCACAGCACCUUCACUGGCUUCCAGCUGUUUGCACUCUGAGUGGCCAUGUUGAGUGUCAUUUUGACCAAUCCUAAUACAUUCAAACAGGGCUUAUAUGUUACGUUUUUUUAAUUACUAGCCAUUUUGACUACUAUAUGUUUCUCUUAUGAUACUAGCCAGCUAUGCACUCACUACCAAAGUAGCUCGUAAGUUUUCUUUUUCUACCAGCCGAAUUUAAUUUUCUUCAGCAUUUGGAUGGUUGACGGGUGUUAAUUUAGUCAUCACAGUCA